AAAUCAACUUAUGUCUUUCAUAAUUAUCACUCAUACAAGUUUAAAAUUCGAAUUCUAACUACGUUCUAAGACAAACUAAAAAAAUGCAUCUUUAGUUCCUGCUUUCUAAGCUAUCUACAAAACCGAUUCCUAAUCCUAAUAGAGCAAUGAAGUAUCGGUGGCUUAACACCACGCUAGUGUUAGUUACUCUAGUUUUGAAGACAUAUUUCACUAAAUAACUUAGCACUAUACACUUUGUGAUAAUUUGUCACAAGAAAAAUAUAUAGAUUCGUUUAGAGAACCGAAUCCCCAACUUAUAACGAUCUCCUCCGUGAAUAAAGGAACUAAUCUGUGAAACGAGAUAUUCCCAAACAGACUAACAAAUCAAUUUUCUAAAUAUAGUGAGGAUGAACACAUACCACUGUGUUCUUGUUGUUACUUUAAGAGAAAUUCACGCCCAACCAAGCAAGUGCUUUGCAAAUCUGUGAUCUGCUUGAUCUUUGCUCCUAUAAAUUCAUCCCUUUGGCUCUGCAACAGAGACAAGCAGCAAGAAAAAAGCUAAUUCAUUAUUCAAUUGGCUAAAAAACGAACAAAAAAAAGAAAAAAAGAAGGGAAAAUAAAAGAAUAAGCAGUGAAGCAACGAUCAUGAAUAAGUCUUCCGUUUCGAUCUCUGUCACUUUUGUUCUAUUAUUCCUCUUAGCCUGCUCUGUUCCUGUUUCAGGCUUUAACAUCACAAGGCUCCUCAAUCGGUUCCCUGAAUUUAGCGUUUUCAAUGGAUAUCUGACGAAAACUCGUCUCUUCGAACAGAUCAACAUUCGACAAACUAUCACCAUUCUCGCCCUCGACAACGGCGUCGUCCCUAGCAUCACUGGAAACUCUCUUGACGUAAUUAAGCAGAUUUUGAGUGCUCAUGUUAUUCUCGAUUACUAUGAUUCUGCUAAGUUCAGGAAGCUCUCCAACAAGCCUACAGUACUUACUACCAUGUUCCAGGCCACUGGCGACGCCGUGCGCGAGCAAGGGUUUGUGAAAGUUGUGCUGAACAGGAGAGGUCAAAUCGAAUUCGGAUCUGCUUGGAGAGGCGCGCCUUUCACCUCUAUGUUUGUCAGAGCUGUUGCCUCACAGCCCUACAAUGUCUCUGUUAUUCAAAUCAGUUCUCCGAUUGUGGUCCCUGGCAUUGGCCGUUACAAUUUGCCUCCUCCUGCGCCUGUUGCACCGGAACCAGAUGUUGCUCCUGUUCCCGCUCCGACUCCAUUGGCUGAUACUCCUUCACCGGCGGACGAGUCUCCAGCCGAUGCUCCCUCACCAGACGCUGACUCUCCAGUUCCGACGGCGGAUGCGCCUGAUGCACCGUCGAGUGCUCCUCAUCCAUCGGCUGAUGACGAAGAGGAUGCAGAUGCACCGAGUCCAGACGACGAGGAAGACCAUUCGGCAGCUUCACGUGGCCACAUCGCCGGCGCCGGAGUGAUGGUGGCCGGAUUGAUGUCACUCUACAUGGCUUUCUAAAUUCAGAAAAUGUGAAGGAACGAAAGAGAAAACCAGAGAGAGAGAGAUAUCAACCGCGGAAAAGGAGAAAAAGUCCAAUAAUGUAUGAGUAAACCUUGAACGGCGGGCAGGGUUUUCUUGCCGCCGG